AUGGGGUGCGGCAUGUCCAUAGAAAAUGCCUCUAAGGACUCGAAGAAAACUCCCACCGUUACAGAGGACCCAACCUUGUUGCCUGUUCAGAAGAAGUCGGUGCCCACGCAAGACGGCCUAGAUGUGAAUGCACAAGUACCGCAGCGGUCGUCAAGCAACAGCAACAAACCUUACACACUCCAGGUCUUCGACAAGGCGCCGCCGAAAUACGAACCGAGCUCAUCGACCCUCCCAUUAGGUUUCGAUAACUUUCCGACCGGAGUCAUAGUUAUCCUCAAUCUCCUCAAGGCGGCGGCCAAGCUGAUCUACUGGGGUCACAAGGGUGCCUGGGCUGCUUUAAAUGAGCGACAUGGGCAGAUAUGGCUUGACUCAGCGUACGCGCUGCGCCCAAUCACCCAUAUGGCCAUUCUUCUCUACGCCGCCGUUCGAUUGCUGGUCGGGAGUGCGCUGGGUAGUAACAUGAUCUUCUACUUCACAACCUUUCCCAAUCUCGAAAUCGAGCAGCUAUCUGCCCUAAAGCUUAACCCUAACCCUAACCCUAACCCUAGCGCGGCGCAUCCCACGAAUGUCAUACUACCUCCUCGAGAUUUCCAGCAUCUGCCGCCAUCGCAGCCAGCACACCAGAUGAACGGGUCCUCGCAGUCUUUUGGCAUACAUGCCACAGCUUACCACGGGCAUUCCUAUUCGCCGGGGCAAGUGAAACGAGAAGGGCACUCGCCUAGCUCGCCUCGCCGCCAGACUUCGAUGGGAAAUGCGCCUGUGCCUCCUCAGAGCCCGCCGCCUCAUAACGGGCUUUACCUGCAGUCGGAGCUCGGCGAUCAUGGCCAACCAAACUUCCGGCCGCAGUGGUCCGCGCCAGCGCCUCCUGCAAACGACGGCCAAGUGCCCCUACUAUCGCAGAGAUAUCCGGCACCUUACCAAGGAAACCACGACCUUUAUCAACCGCCAGGCAUGCAACGACAUCUACAAAGUCCCCUACCAUGCCAACCCUGCCAGAUCUCGACGGUAACUCCCAAUGGCCAUCCUGCGCAUGGCAUAGGGCCGCAAUCAUCUGUGUCGCCUUCACCUCCCCAGCACCCGCUGCAUAUGGAUGGCCGUAGGCAACAGUCUCAGGCGUCUCUGCCACCCCCUCUCCCGAACCACGGCCAAGAACCUCCUCCUUCGUCCCUCCCACAGCAACCUUCGCAAUCGCCACCCACGAAAAAGGCGCCUAGCUUUGGUAAUCCGCCAGGACCACCAGUAUCUCCACAGAAUAUGCCGACGCCAAUGCCUCAUAAUCCUUCUCAACCUCAAACGCACAACCACACUCACAUUCAGUCGCCGUAUAAGCAGUCCCCAACCCACAAUAAGUAUCCAACACCUUUCCAAGGCAACCAAGAAUAUAGCCCAUACGGGAGUGCAUCUUCGCGGCCCAGGCACCGCGUGGCUCAGCGCUACGAUAGCCAGCUGACUAGCAGUGGUUCAUAG